AUGGAAGGAAUAAACAAAAUUGUGACAGGAGAUCUAACCGCUUUGUCUGAACAAGAACUUGUUGAUUGUGACACAUCUUAUAACCAAGGUUGUAAUGGUGGUUUGAUGGAUUAUGCGUUUGAGUUCAUCAUCAAGAAUGGAGGUAUCGAUACCGAAGAAGAUUAUCCAUACAGGGCUAAUGAUGGUCGUUGUGACCAGAACAGGAAAAACGCUAAGGUUGUUUUUUUUUUUAAAAAAGACAAAAACGCUAAGGUUGUUACAAUUGAUUCUUACGAGGAUGUGCCUACAAACAGCGAGGCGUCUAUAAAGAAAGCAUUGGCUAAUCAGCCUAUUAGUGUAGCCAUUGAAGCUGGUGGUCGCGCGUUCCAGCUCUAUGAUUCGGGUGUAUUUGAUGGAACAUGUGGUGUAGAGCUAGACCACGGAGUUGUGGCUGUUGGUUAUGGAACCGAAAACGAAAAAGACUAUUGGAUUGUAAGAAACUCAUGGGGAAAAAACUGGGGAGAGAGUCCGGAGCCUUGCGGUCAAGUAGUAAGGAGACGAGUUUGUGACGCGAAACUAAAACACAUUGCUUUGGACACCCACAUGGAUAUGGGUCCUUGCUUUCGGCCCAUUUGCAUACCCGAAGAAAGGGUCUAUCCAUGGGCUGCACCUCCCCCGGAGAUUAGUCUGAGCCCCUCCAUAGACCUGGGAUUUACCCUGAGUUAUCAAAAAAAAAAAACUGGGGAGAGAGCGGAUACAUAA